AUGGCAUUUAUAUAGCCAUGCCCUUGGUUAUUUAAUCUAGCCUCAUUCGAUUUACAUCAUAAGGAAGGUUUAGAUAUUACUCUUAGCAAUUUGGCAUUGUUAGAAGAGGCAACUAAUAAGACAGAAGAAAAGCUACGUGAUCGUGUCAAUUUAGUGAAACAAAGAAUUCAACAAUUAGCAGAGGUAUUAGUAAGUUCACUAUAAUAGCGCAUAAAUGUUUGCAAUGCUAAGUUAAAUCAUCUUUAAAAUUGUCCUCAAGCAAUUGUUUUUCAAUCCCCUAGCAAGUUUGUUAAGAAAUAUGAAUUCGAUCCUACUAAUAAGCAAUCCAUAUUUUCAGAAUGCUAUAAUAAACCAGUGAUACCUAUCUAUGAACCAUAUAAAUAUAUAAGAUUGGCAAAUGAGUAAGGCUCUUAAGGGAAAGCUCCAGAUAAUAUUGAUAGAGUAGCAACCAUUCAAAUGGCAUAUGGAAGAUUUACAUAGAAAGGGAAAACUAUUUUUGAAGGAGAAAGAGCUUUGUCAAAAAGAUAAAUUUAAGGUUAUGGUACUGUUCCAAGGAAACUGAAACACGUAGAUAGUUUAUUAGUUUUUAACCAAUUGAUUAAUCCAUACACUCAUCAUACUUUUGAUGCUCGUGAAGUAUUUCCGGAGCCAGCAGUAAGAAGAUUAUAAUAAUAUAUUAGAAGCAAGAGAAUAAAAGAAAAAAAUAAUAAGAGGAGGAAGAAUAAGUAACAAUGGCAGAUGCUCCAAAUACAAUAGGAGAAACAAUUACAAAAUAUGGAGAGGAAUCAUAUUCAUAUGUUCCAUCUAACAAACCUAUAGCAUAAUUAAAGGUGGAUGCAAAACUGAAUUUGGCUGGAAUUGUUGAUUAUGACCCAGAUAAUGAUGACAUGGACUUUUUCAAUCCAUCUACAUAAUAAAGAAAUAAAAAGCCAGUGGCUCCUAGUAUUACUCCUUCAUAACCUCCCCCAUAACUUUAACAACCAUAAUAAUAAUAAUAAUAAUAGUAAUAAUAGUAAUAAUAUUAAUAAUAAUAAUAUCAAUAAUAACCAUAAUAAUAAUAACAAAUUUAAUAACCACCUCCUUAAUAAUAAUAGAAUAGAAGUGCAGCUCCUCCUCCACCACCUCCUCCCCCUCCUCCUCCUAAAGGUGCUCCACCUCCUCCACCACCUCCUCCUCCACCUGGACCUCCUCCUCCACCUCCUCCUCCUCCUCCUGGCCCUCCACCUCCUGGAUAAUUACCACCUCCACCAGCUGGGGCUAGAGCUAAGUUACUUGAUGAUUUAAAUUGUGAUAAUCCAUUAGCUAGAUUGAAACCUGUUAAUAAAAACAAAGCAGCAGACCAACCAAAACCAUAAAGUAAGGCUCCUGAAAUGAAUCAUAUGGAUAUAUUAAAAUAAUAAAUUGCAUAAAGGUAAAAAAGAUUAUAUAAUAAAUAUAGAUAUUAGGAUUUGAAUAGAUAACCAACUAGAACAACUAAAACAAUGAGAACAUAAAUCAUUGGAUAGAGAAUGGAUGAUAGCGAUUAUUCUGAGCAUAGCGAUUGAA